CUUGGCUUCACCCCACAACAGCCGCCGUCUUGCGUACGAACGAUGCGGCCUCGAGUCUUUCUUGAUAUCUCUGUCAAUCAGCACCCGAUUGGAAGGGUCAUCUUCGAACUCUUCAAUGACACCGCUCCCCGAACAAGCGAGAACUUCCGCGCACUAUGCACCGGCGAGAAGGGACUGUCACACACCGAGCAUCCGCUCUACUACAAGAACAGUCCCCUCCACCGCAUUAUCAAAGACUUUAUGAUUCAAGGGGGCGACAUAGUCAAAGGUAACGGCACAGGCAGCCCAGAGUCCAUUUACGGCGGCGCCUUCGAGGACGAAGACCUCGAACGCCCGGUAGACGCCGAAGGCCUACUAUGUAUGGCGAAUAAGGGACCUGACACGAACGGAAGCCAGUACUUCAUCACACUGAAGGAAGCGCCGCAUCUCAAUGGCAAACAUGUCGUCGUCGGACGAGUGAUACGCGGCUUUGAUGUCGUGCAGAAAGUAGCCGAGGUCGAGGUCGACGCCAAAUUCCGGCCGGUCGUGCCCGUUGUCGUGUCCAACAGUGGCGAGCUAGAGCUCCGCCGCCCGCCUCCCAAACCGGCGAGCGAAGAGUCGAUAUCAGAUGAGGAGGACAGCCGCAGUCGCAAGCGCAAGUCCCGUCGCAGGUCCCCUUCCAGCGGCGUAGCCUCCGACGAAGAGCGCGACCGCAAGCGCAAACACAAGAGCAAAAAGUCCAAGCAUCACAAGCACCGCUCGCGCACGCCUGACGCCCCAGUCACGUCCCCCGAACCCAGGCAAGAGACCGAAGAAGAGUACGACGCCCGCCUCGAGCGCGAAGAAAAGGAGCGCAUCGAAGCGCGUCGGAAGGAAGAGCUCAGGCGCGUGCAGGAACAGCUGAAGCGCAGGCAGGAACGCGAAGCCAGCAACUCGGCCCCGGAGGGCCAAACUGGUAUUAGGUUCAAGGGUCGUGGGCGAAUGAAGUACACCGAUCCUGAGAUCAGUCGUCGAUAGUAGAUGAUAAGAGAUCCCAGCUGUCAUGGUGCGAACUCGUGUUGCUUGCGUGCCAACUCAACGUGGGCGGGCGGGCAUACCAUAUUACCUCUCUUGCACGGUCAUAACAGCGCUCAGCAACUGGCGUACGUCUUUCGCAGGAAUUCAGUGUGCAAUCAAGCGGGAUAGACAUGUAGGCAGUACACUACUGAAUGAACGCGCGCCAUCCAUCUUUGUACUAUGCGAUGUGCAUUGACACGCUCGUGCUAGUCUUCACCAGUGAUCAAAUGGUAUGCUCCAUUCGACGUGGAUUGGAUGCGUAGGUGCCUGUAUAGUGCGCCGUUGGAGGGAAGGGAAGGGGGUAAUCGAGGCGAUGGUUCCAAGCUCGGCAGUACGACUUGUGAUGCAGACUCAAAUUGAGAAAUACGAGACCCU